GGGGGCAUCGAAGGUAACAACUUAAACAAGGAACAAGAAAAGAAAUGGAGAGUGCAAGAAGAAAAAGUCCAGAUGCUAGCAACAAGUCUCCAUCACUGAGAUAUUUCUCUAUCUAUGUUACUUCUUGACCCUUUCUUCUGCCUUUCGAGGAACCAACGCAACCAGUUUAUCAUUUCAUAUCCAAGGCCGGCAGGCCGGCCACAGCACAGCUCCAAUCCAGAGACGAUAUCAAAAAUCUCUAUCCGCAUGGGAAAUUGUUGGGGAACUACUCCUGUCACUAACCAUAAUAGCCCCACGCCUACAAAGCCUUCUACUCCAGAAACAACACGGAACCACAGCAAAGAAAAUGGACUGGGGAGCAGAAGCAGCAGCCAAUGUAAGGCAAAAGAAGAUGACAAGUUUGGUAUGGGUAUGGAAAAGAAGGGAAAGGAUGAAAUAGCAAUGAUUUCUGCAGCUGCAAGUGGACAGAUUAUAUUGGCACCAAAGCUGUUCACUCUAGCAGAGUUGAAAAGUGCUACUAGGAAUUUUAAACCUAAUACUGUGCUCGGGGAAGGUGGAUUCGGCAGAGUUUUUAAGGGUUGGGUCGAUGAGAAGACUUAUGCACCAGCUAAAGUUGGUACAGGCAUGGCUGUAGCAGUCAAGAAAUCCAGCCCAGAGAGCUCUCAAGGCCUAGAGGAGUGGCAGUCUGAGGUGGAGUUCUUGGGAAAAUUGUCUCAUCCAAACCUUGUCAAACUCUUGGGUUACUGCUGGGAGGAUGAACAUUUCCUCCUUGUCUACGAAUACAUGCAGAAGGGGAGCUUGGAAAAGCACCUUUUCAGAAAGGGUGCAGAACCACUUGCAUGGGACAUUAGGCUUAAAAUAGCCAUCGGAGCUGCUCAAGGUCUUGCCUUCCUCCACACUUCUGACAAGAGUGUCAUCUAUCGAGACUUCAAGACAUCUAAUAUAUUAUUGGAUGGGGCCUACAACGCAAAACUUUCUGACUUUGGGCUGGCGAAAUUAGGUCCAUUAAAUGGCGACUCCCAUGUCACAACAAGGAUCAUGGGCACAUAUGGUUAUGCAGCUCCUGAAUACCUUGCCACUGGUCAUUUGUAUGUCAAGAGUGAUGUGUACGGGUUUGGUGUUGUGCUCCUAGAAUUGCUGACGGGCCUAAAGGCCCUCGACACCAAUCGGCCGAGUGGACAGCACAAUCUGGUAGAGUAUGCCAGGCCUUUUCUCUUAGAGAGAAGAAAGCUCAAGAAAAUAAUGGAUCCGGGUCUUGAAGAGCGGUACCCUUUAAAAGCUGCAAUGCAAGCAGCUGAACUGAUACUGCGUUGUUUGGAAUCUGACCUGAGAAUUCGACCAUCCAUGGAAGAAGUUUCGGGGAUCUUAAUAAAGAUAAAGGAUGUGAAGGAGAAGCCCAAGAAGAGCAAAAGUAGUUGUUCCGAUGGAAGUUAUGCAAGGAGACAGGAAGAACGUUCCCGUCAUCAAUCUCCACUUCAGCCCAGACAUGGUGGCACUGGUUACAAGGUUCGAGCCUUCUCCUCAGCUUAGAUCGGUUCAAGUCAAUGGAUGGUGCACCCUGGCAAUUAUAUAUUUUUCGUUACUCACGCCUAGUUUUGCUCUUUUAUUUUGGAACUCUGAAGGUGUAACACCUCCAUCUGCUGCAUGUUUAUUAACUGUGUUGUAGAGGUCCAAACUUGUGUAAAAUUUAUUCACUCGGCCCAGGUGCCUUGUUAUUUUGCAUUAUGAAUUUUAUUUCUUUUUUCUGA